AAUAAGCUCUCGGAUCCAAUUUGAAGCUUCAAUUGGUUUUACGGAAAGCAACACCUCUUUCUCCAUUGUACACCGUUGCCCACAAUGAAGCCGAUAUGCACCUCACAGACCGGUCUCGUACUCAAAUCUCUUAUAUCGCGCCAAUGUCUAUAUUCUAGCCGCCUACGUUUCAACCCGCAACAAUGCCGCACAUUUCUACGACCUCAGCGGCCAAUUCACCGAGCGGUUGAGAACCUCAAUGUCAGUCGCAUGCGCACAGAAUCCCACGACUACUACGUUCGGCGGCGAACUUUCCUUCUAUGCGGCGCAGUCUCGGGUUUAGUUGGUAUCUGUUACACCUCGUAUCUUCUCUACCUAAGGCUUCAGAAGCCGACAAAGUUCGACAGCGGGUUGCCGGAUAAGCUCGACCCUUUCAGCACCGAAGCUGGUUCGAAGCGCAAAACGGUUAUCCACGACAGAGAUGGCAAAGAGCUUGUACCUACGGGAAAUAGCACUGUCCCUACAUUUCCACGAAUCCUUGACCUUGCGAUUGGUGUUGCAGAAGGACAGGAGAUGGUCAACGGGGUAGAGUACACAUUGGUCGGCCUAGGCGUGAGGACAGUGAGUUUCUUAGGUAUCCAAGUGUAUAUGGUGGGAUAUUACAUCGCCACACAGGAUAUCGCUGCGCUACAGUCGCGCCUGGUCAAGGAGAUCAAUCCUAUCGCGACGACACUAGUGUCGAAUGAAAAGGACGAAUUGCGCAAGGUGCUGUUAGAUCCGGAGCGGGGAGAAAAGCUGUGGAACGACAUACUGCAGAACGUACGACCACGCUCGCUAUUCAGGAUUGUGCCGGUAAGAGAUACUGACUUCCAUCACUUAAGGGAUGGAUUUGUGCGGGCGAUCUCGGCAAGGUCGCAAGGUAAUAGCCGUGAUUUUGGGGAUGAAAAAUUCGGCGAGGCUAUGAAGGACUUCCGAGGUUUAUUCAACCGAGGCAAGGUGCCGAAGGGGCGGGAAAUGCUGCUGGUUCGCGACGCUGCUGGACAGUUGACGAUCACUUUCGACGAUGGCAAGACCGGCAUGGGAACAAUUGGACGCGUCUCCGAUGAACGAGUAUCCCGAUUGCUGUGGCUCAACUAUCUAGCCGGCAGCAAAGUUGCAUCUGAACCGGCGAGGAAGAACAUUGUCGAGGGUAUCAUGGAGUUUGUGGAGAGACCAGUGGGCACGGUCGCCACACAGGUGGUAUGACGCAUAUGCCGAAGUCACCUAUAAUUGGCGAACUGUACAUUUUGGGCGUCGAGCAGCCGUGCAUUGGUGUAUAUUACCCAGCAUUCCACUUUCUACUGUACCAUCUAGCGAUAGUAUCAGGGUCGUGUCAAUUUGCCCAUUCUUACUACCCAUCUACAUUUCGGCAAUGCAAGAUGGCCCCGGGUGAUUCAAGUAUGCUACUUGGCCGGGUAUACUAAGGUAGGCUAAAGAUCCGA